AAAAUGCUGGACGGAAGACGAAAUGAAGAGGUUCAUUAAAGGCCUCCGGCAGUACGGCAAGAACUUUUUCAGGAUCCGGAAAGAAUUGCUCCCCAAUAAGGAGACGGGAGAGCUGAUCACCUUCUAUUACUACUGGAAGAAGACGCCAGAAGCCGCCAGCUCCCGGGCUCACCGCAGGCACCGGCGACAGGCUGUCUUCCGGAGAAUUAAGACCCGGACAGCUUCCACUCCGGUGAACACCCCCUCCCGGCCUCCUUCCAGCGAAUUCUUGGAUUUGAGCUCGGCCAGCGAAGAUGAUUUUGACAGCGAGGACAGUGAACAGGAGCUGAAGGGCUAUGCGUGUCGACACUGCUUCACCACCACCUCCAAGGACUGGCACCACGGGGGACGGGAGAACAUCCUUCUCUGCACGGACUGUCGGAUCCACUUCAAGAAGUACGGGGAGCUCCCUCCCAUCGAGAAGCCGGUGGACCCACCGCCUUUUAUGUUUAAGCCGGUCAAGGAGGAAGAUGACGCUCUCAGCGGGAAGCAUAGCAUGAGGACGAGAAGGAGCCGCGGCUCGAUGUCUACACUUCGCAGCGGUCGUAAAAAGCAACCCACCAGCCCAGACGGGAGGGCCUCGCCCAUCAACGAGGACAUCCGAUCCAGCGGCCGAAACUCACCCAGCGCGGCCAGCACUUCCAGUAACGACAGCAAGGCGGAUUCGGUCAAGAAAUCCACCAAAAAGAUCAAAGAAGAGGCUGUUUCUCCUCUCAAGAGCUCCAAGAGGCAGCGGGAGAAGGCGGCCUCAGACAGCGAGGAGCCCGACCGCAUCAAUGCCAAAAAAACCAAAACCCAGGAGAUCAGCCGGCCCAACUCCCCCUCGGAGGGCGAAGGGGAGAGUUCCGACAGCCGCAGCGUGAACGACGAGGGCAGCAGCGACCCCAAGGACAUUGACCAGGACAACCGCAGCACCUCGCCCAGCAUCUCCAGCCCCCAGGACAACGAGAGCGACUCGGACUCCUCGGCCCAACAACAGCCCUCUCUCCAGGCCCCCAACGGCCUGGCCCAGCCCCCCGGGCCCCUCCCGGCGCAGCUGCCCUCGUUGCCGGUUGGCGCAAGCAUCCCCUCUUCCGCCGGCCCACACGUGUCCCCGUCAGGAGCGCAGCCCCCCAGCCAGCCGCCGCCACCUCUGCCCCCGGGCCUCCCUCAUUCGCACAUCCAGCAGGGGCCUUCCUUGCUCCCCCCCAGGCUGCCUUCCCCUCCUCACCCGUCUCUGCAGCCACUCGGCGGGCCCCCCGGCCAGCCCCAAGGCCUCCCCCAGCCGCCCCUCCAUGGCCAGAUCCAGGCCCUUCCGCACGGUCUGCAAGGCCAGCCCCUCCUGCCCCAUCCGGUCCCUGGCCAGCCCUUUGCCCUCCCGCCCCAGGCCUUGCCAGCCUCCACUUCGCAGUCUCAGCCCCCGGUCCUCACCCAGAGCCACCCGGCCCCUCCCCAGCCCCCUUUCGCCCAGCACCCCUUCGUUCCCGGGGGGCCGGCUCCCGUCACGCCGCCUUCCUGCCCAUCGACUUCCACGCCACCCUCCGUGCCGAGCGCCCCGAGUCAGGGGGCCGUGCCCGGCUCAGCGGCCUGUGGCGGAAGCCUCCCCGUGGUGGCCGCCUGCCCCAUCCCCUCCAUCCAGAUCAAGGAGGAGGCGUUGGAUGAGGCCGAGGAGCCCGAAAGCCCCCCUCCUUCCACCCGGAGCCCUUCCCCAGAGCCCACGGUGGUGGACACGCCGAGCCACGCCAGUCAGUCGGCUAGGUUUUACAAGCACCUGGACCGUGGCUACAACUCCUGCGGCCGGACGGAUCUGUACUUCAUGCCGCUGGCCGGCUCCAAGCUGGCGAAGAAGCGGGAAGAGGCGAUCGAGAAGGCCAAGCGCGAGGCGGAGCAGAAAGCGAGAGAAGAGCGGGAGCGGGAAAAAGAGAAGGAGAAAGAGAGGGAGCGAGAACGGGAGCGCGAGAGGGAAGCGGAAAGGGCGGCGAAAGCGUCCAGUUCCUCCCACGACGGUCGUCUCGGAGAAUCCCAGCUCAGCGGGCCGGCGCACCUGAGGCCCUCCUUCGAACCGCCCCCUACCACCAUCGCGGCCGUACCCCCCUACAUCGGGCCGGAUACCCCGGCCCUACGGACGCUGAGCGAGUACGCGCGUCCCCACGUCAUGUCCCCCACCAACCGGAACCACCCCUUCUUCGUUCCCCUCAACCCCACCGACCCGCUCUUGGCCUACCACAUGCCGGGCCUCUACAACGUGGACCCUACCCUCCGGGAGCGGGAGCUGCGGGAGCGGGAGCUGCGGGAGAGGGAGCUGCGGGAGCGGGAACUGCGGGAAAGGAUGAAGCCGGGUUUCGAGGUCAAGCCUCCCGAACUGGACGCCCUCCACCCGGCCGCCAACCCCAUGGAGCACUUUGCCCGUCACGGGGCCCUCACCCUCCCCCCGACGGCGGGCCCGCACCCCUUUGCUUCCUUCCACCCUGGGCUUAACCCUCUGGAGAGGGAGAGACUCGCUUUGGCCGGCCCGCAGUUACGGCCCGAUAUGAGCUACCCGGACAGACUGGCUGCCGAGAGGAUCCACGCCGAGCGAAUGGCGUCCCUCACCAACGAUCCCUUGGCCAGGCUCCAGAUGUUCAACGUGACGCCCCAUCACCACCAACAUUCCCACAUCCAUUCACAUCUGCACCUCCACCAGCAGGACCCCCUACAUCAAGGCUCAGCAGGACCCGUCCACCCUCUGGUGGACCCUCUAGCCGCCGGACCGCAUUUGGCACGCUUCCCUUACCCUCCCGGCACCAUCCCCAACCCGUUGCUAGGACAGCCGUCCCACGAGCAUGAAAUGCUGCGGCAUCCGGUCUUCGGUGCCCACUACCCCCGCGACCUUCCUGGCGCCCUCCCACCUCCCAUGUCCGCGGCACAUCAGUUGCAAGCCAUGCACGCCCAAUCAGCAGAGCUGCAGCGACUGGCGAUGGAACAGCAGUGGCUUCACGGGCACCCCCACAUCCACGGGGGGCACCUCCCCAGCCAAGAAGACUAUUACAGCCGCCUGAAGAAGGAGGGCGACAAGCAGUUGUAAUACCUUAUUUAUUUGUGACGCUGACUACUCAAGUUCCUAGUCCUCGGGGAGCAGUGGAAUGUGUUUAAUCUGGAGAACUGCUGGAAAAGCAAAA